GAUGCUUCGAAUGGCAGAGCCAAUGGCCUUGUCGAGCGACGACGGCCGCAGAGCAGCGAAGAUGCCGCGGAGAGCGGCUCCACCAGCGGCUCGACGACCAAUGAGAAACUAAACCUAACUUCAGCGGAAGGAGGCGGUACUGAACAUCGUGGCAAAUGGACAAAUGGCAUCGAGUUUCUCCUCUCCUGCGUCUCGAUGUCCGUCGGCCUGGGCAACGUCUGGCGCUUUCCCUAUAUCGCCUACCAAAAUGGCGGCGGCGCCUUCCUCAUUCCCUACCUGCUGCUGCUCUUCCUCGUCGGCCGGCCGAUCUACUACCUGGAGCUGAUUGUCGGUCAGUUCAGCGGCCGCGGGCCGAUCAAGAUGUGGAAGUGCGUGCCGGCGCUGAAGGGCGUCGGCUUUGCGCAGCUCAUCUCCGUCUCCUACGUGGCCAUCUUCUACAACUACCUCAUGGGCGUCUCGCUCUUCUACUUCUUCGCCUCCUUCGCCUCGAAGCUCCCCUGGACGGUUUGCAAUGAGAACUGGAUCCCCGCGGAGUACUCCGGCUACUGUACGGAAAACUCCACGGCGACGAACUUCCAAAACCAGACCUGGGCGGAGCUGUACUACAAACGGGAGGUGUUGAAUGAGUCUCGAGGGCUGUGGGACGUCAACUCGGUCAGCUGGAAGCUGGUCCUCUGCCUGCUGGGCGCCUGGACGCUGGUCUACCUCAGUAUUGUCAAGGGCGUCACCUCUCUGGGAAAGGUGGCCUACUUCACCGCCAUCUUCCCGUACGUGGUACUGGUGGCACUGCUGGUCGUCUCGUUGUUUCAGGAGGGCGCCCUCGCGGGCAUCGCCUUCUUCUUUACGCCCCAAUUUGAGAAGCUCCUCGAUCCGAUCGUCUGGUACCGCGCCGUGGAGCAGUCCUUCUUCUCGCUGGCCGUCUGCUUUGGCUCGCUGGUGAUGUACAGCAGCUACAAUGACUUUAACAACAAUGUCAGUCGCGAUUGCAUCAUCAUCAGCCUGCUGGACACCUUCACCAGUCUGCUCGCCGGCUGCGUCAUCUUCGCCGUCCUGGGCAACAUGGCCCACGAGAAUGGCGAGAAGAUUGAGGACGUGGUCACCGGCGGCCCGGGCCUCGCCUUUAUCGCCUACCCGGAGGGCCUCUCCAAGAUCAGCUUCAUUCCGCAGCU